AUGGCUAUGCGCAAGCGUCUAAAUUGGAAGCUUCACGCCUUGCUGGCAGUGUGCUGGUGUUUGCUUGCGUCUGCGAUCGAGGCCCAAACGAUCGACGGGACGACGGACGUUUCCGAUUCCUUUGACGAGCAGGCUGGUCAGUCUAACGACACAGAUCCACCGGAAGAUGGCAGCAGUUUUCUCGAGCAAUAUGAGCAGGGUGUACAGGCGUACCUUUCGAACGAAUGGGAGGACUGCGUGUACUUUCUGGAGCGAGCGCUUGAGGGCUACCGGACGUAUUACGAGUCGGUGGCAAACUGUCGGAUCGAGUGCGAGUACGCAGCCCGGGACGUGAAACACCGGGGUGACUUCCUGCACGGUACCAACGUGGACAACUUGCAGCACUACGAGCUGAUCUUGCGGCGGACGCUCUGUUUGUCGAAAUGCGCACGCAAGUACGCGAUCUACCGGUACCUGCCCUUCAGCGAGGACUUCGAUGGCCACUACAUGGACAUCUUCCAGGAGCUGAAGACUUACCCGUAUCUGUACGCAUGCUACGUGAAGUCAAACCGGGUCACUCUGGCGGCGUCGGCCUCGUACACCUACUUGGUGAGGUUCCCCGAGGAUGCGAUGAUGAAGAAAAACUUCGAACAAGCCAUCGACUUGCCCGGUAUCGAUCGGGACGAGAUUCACGAUUUAGAGGAAAAGAAAUUUGUGAAUCUGCUCAUCGGUGGGAUCGUCGACGAGCAGGAAAAGAAAUGGGAACUCGCGAUCGAGCAGCUCGAGCGCUCGGUGAUGCAGUUCAUCUUCGACGAAAACCAAUGUCGGGCGUUCUGCGAGGGAGAAUUCGAUCACGGGUUCCUGCCCGACUUCAUUACCGCGAUCGGAAAUCAUUUUACGAACGCGUUGUACUGCAAACGGAACUGCACCACAAACAUGGGCAUGGUGCGAGGGAAGUACUACGAAAGUUUGUUCCCGCGGCACUAUCGACACCUGCAGAGCGCUUAUUACCAUAUCCAGAAGUACGAAGAAUCCUACCGAGCGGGGAUGAGCUAUCUGCUCUUCCACGCGGACGAUCUCGAAAUGCCGGAAGCGCUAAAACUAAUAGAAGCAGAGGCAACGGGCAACGUGACGGCGAUCUUCUUUAAACCUCGACGGGAAGCGAUCGAGUACAACGAUCGGAUGCUUUACGAGGAGAAGCUGGUGAGCUUUAUAAAGCAAGAGUUUGAUCAAUUUGUGGAAGACGGUUCUGGAUCCGAUAGCGAUGAAUACCUAAUGGACGAUGGAUCUGGGCUGGAGGAACGAGAUACUACAAUGUUCGGUGAAGCAGACGAAGAGAAGAUCAGUGAAUCCGGGCAGGACUCUCAAGCAGUGGAAGACGAAAGCAACGAACUAUACCCAAAUGAAUCGACCGGCUACAGCGAUCACGACGAGUUGUAGCAUGUGAUUGGGAAAUAGCGAAGAAUCUAAACAGUGCCAUAACGAUAUCGCUUCGCUUCGAUCAUCCGCUAACUGAUGAAUUUCUCUGCAAAGUUCUUAAGAAAUUUUUCAUGCAACACAGCUCACAAA